CCUCUAUGUGUGGUGGCAGCACCACACAUGAUCUGUCAUUGUCAUUUUCAAUGAGAUGUGAUUUGUGUGUCUAAAUAAAAAAUAAAUAUUUUAAGGUGUAUUUAGAUGUAUUGAAUUUAUUGAUUUUACUGAGUAAAAUGAGUUCUUAUAAAGCAGUUUAUUAAAUAGAUUUUCAUAAUCAUGGCAAAGAGAAAAACGGGAGUGAACGAUAUUAUAUAUGAGUUGGACAACGAUGACACAGAAAGCAGCAGUGAAGAUGAAGUUAAGGGAAAUAAGAAGAAACGUUUUGAGACUAAUACCACUUCCAAAAUGACUGCAAUCAAAUCUGUUUCUGAUAAAAGUAUAGUAGAUAUGACUACACCUAGUAAUUCUAUGGACGAUAGUGAUAGUAUAAUUGAAAUUGAAGACAAAAGUCAGAAUGGAGGGAAAAGUUCGGUUGUUGUUGUAGAAGACGACAAUACUGAAGAAGAGAUAAAUAAUGAUGAGUUGGAUUGUGUUAUUUUUUCGCCUGCUGAAAAUCAUGGACAACGAAGUGUUGACGGUCCUGAAACUGUUAUUUUAAAUGAAGAUAUUACUGUUGACUCCCCAGCUUCGAUUAAUGGACCGGCGUCAGUGGUCGGCGAGAGUACAUCGCCACUGAUUACUAUUCGUUUCAGAAACAAUAAGCUGGCAAGUAAAUAUAAACAGAAGAUUAAACUUUUUGUAAGUAAUCUAUUGUUAAGUGAUAAUGAAAAUAUUGUUACCGAAAGUGAUACAGAAUUGGACCUUGCUAUUUGGUCAGAUAAUGUAAUUGCUGAACAGCCAAAAGCGAUGGACGACAAUAUUGACAUGAAUUUGUUUUUUGUUGAUACAAAUCCAAAAGAAGAUGUGGAUAAUGAAAUUCCAAAAUACACACAAUCUUCCAAAGUUAUUUCAAAUGAGAAAGAAAAAGAACCAGAGCCUUCAAAACCUCUCCGAAAAGGACCAAUUUGUUUUAAUUGUGGAGGGGACCAUAUUUUUAGAGAUUGUAAAUUACCAAGAAAUAACAACAGAAUUGCUGAAAACAGGAAGAACUUAUCUAUAAAACAUGGUCGAUACCAUGUUGAAGAUGAUCAGAAAUAUGGUCAUUUAAUACCUGGAAGGAUAUCAAAUCAACUACGACACGCACUGGGUCUGAAGAGGAAUGAGUUACCUUUACAUAUAUACCGCAUGAGGAUGCUCGGCUACCCACCCGGCUGGCUGGAAGAAGCUAGAAUAUCACAUUCCGGAAUAUCUAUGUUUGAUUCAGCUGGUAAAGUGAUUCUGGACGAGGGUGAUGAAGAAGGGCAGAUAUGUGAGGCCGGCUCCAAAGAUAAGUUUGAUAUUAAGAAGAUACUUGACUUUCCUGGAUUUAAUGUGCCGGCCAGCUCAAGAUAUGUUGAGCAAGGUCAUAUAGUGGGUGCUCCUCCAAUCUCAGAGCAAGAUAGCAAGAUGUUGAUGCUUCAGACAUUGGCACCAAAUGCAAUGAAAGCAUAUAAACGGAAAAAGUUGUCAAUGUUUCCAUCUGGUACACCAAAUGACUCUCAAAUCAGUCUAACAGAGAUGGAAUUGGACAGCGGAGAUGAAUCAUCGGAAUUCCCACUUGUGCCUCCUCUGCCCGACGAGGAACCGCCCCCUCUGCCGCCGCCUCCCGACUCACCUCCACCUUCACUAGACACUACCCAAGAGAUAUCAAGUCAAGAAGUUAUAGGGUCAACUAAAACUGUGGCCACCUCAAAAGUUAAAGAGAAAUCAAGUCCAAAGAAGUCUGAACUUAAAGAAAAAGAUGGAAAAGCUUAUGAUAAAAAAAUAUUUGUCUCGGCAUCGGAAUUAGUAAAUAUUCCAGUGCCAGAUGAUGACUUUAUCAUUAUUGAUGAAGAUUUUGAAGACUAUGAGGAUAUACCACAAAACAGCGGCACUAAAAGCCCUAGUUUGAAAGAUUUGGAAGAUGAGAAGAAAAAGCUGUUGGAAGCUAUCAAAGAGCAAAGUCCAACAAAUAUUUCCGAUGUAUCAAGGGAAAUUGAAAAAAUUGUUGAUGAAACGGAAAAUGAGCAAGUCGACGAUGAAAUUGAAAAGACAGAUAUAAAGAAAAUAGAAGAGAAAUGCGACGACAAUGCAAACGAAUCCGUAAGUGAACCGGAAACUACUUCCACUGUUAGUAAACAAGUAAGUACAAACAUUAGUGAAACCACUAACAUAGAAUCUGAAACUUCUAAGACUUGUCAGUCACCGACAAAAACUGGUACUAUAAUUAGUGAAAAUACUAACAAAGACUCUGAGCCGACAAAGACUAGUCAGCCAAAAUCAGAGACUGAUAUUGUUAUUAGUGAAACCAUUAAAACAGACUCUGAACCAACUAAAACUAGUCAGUCAACCCCAAAAGCGGGUAUUGUCAAAUCCACAUUUUACGGUACACCAGUUUUGAAUGUCGCGUCUCCUUACGUUAAAUUGCCGAGUGACGAUAAGUUUGCUAAAGACAUUUGUGACGUCAUAAACUUUGAGAACUUACCAAACUCAACGGGUAAAUACAAAAAGAUAUGUAACCUUCUUAAAAAGGUGAAAAGUGAAGUCGAUAGGAUUCAAGAGUCAUGAUUUUAAAAUUGACUUAAACAAAAUUACCAAGACUUGAUGUACAAUAAACCACUAAGUUUGUAAGGAGGAUUUAUAUUUUUUAUAAGGUUAGGAUAAAAGAACUGGCACAUACAUAUUCGUUAUUUUUUGAUU